UGCAAACAGCAGCGCCACUCCUUCUUACUGUCUACUACAGUGACAGGCAGCUGGACAACAGAACACAACUUCAGGUGUCAUCUAUAAAGCCUGAAUUGUGCAUUGGAUUUGAACAGAUGACCAUCGCGUGAAUACUGACAGUGAGCUCAUCUUGCCAUUUCUGAUACAGAGAAUCAUGCACAUCACAGGAGCUGAAAGACUCAUCCUCAUUGGUUAUCUACUGCAAGGUGUUCUGUGCCUAGACUUUGCAGCUCUGAUGCCUCAGAAUAUAGAGGCUCUCAGUGGAUCUUGUGUGGCCAUUCCCUGCUCAUUUACACUGGGAUCUGGAUAUGAGUCGUCCCUCACAGCUUCAUGUAAAGGAAUAUGGAGGAAAGGGUGGAGAAGAGUACACGUGUUUGAUUCUAGUCUCACAGGAACAGGCUUAAACACCAUUCAAGGGAAUCUAACUGGGAACUUGCAGCAGAAGGAAUGCACCACCAUCCUGAAUGACUUCACAUCUUAUUUCAAUGACUACUUUUGUUUCAGACUUGAAUGUGACAAUGCUCUGAAAUAUAAUUUUCCAGGACGUGUCACAAUUGAUGUUAAAGAGUAUCCAUCCAAACCCACUCUAAGUCCAGCAACAGUGGAUGUGAUGGAGGGGGCCUCAGUGAGUUUGAUCUGCUCUGCCGCAGCCCCCUGUCCCUCACUCCCUCCAACUCUGACAUGGACCCCCACACUGAGUGACAGUGUGGAGGAUUUGCAGGAGACUCCGAAUCGAGUCAUAACUUCUCUCCUGAACUUUACCGCUUCACAUGUCCACCAUGGAGAGAAGAUCUCCUGCACUGCACUGUACAAACGACAAGCUGGCAAGAGUGAUAAAUCAUCCAAAACUGAUCUGACAGUCACUGUUCUUUACUCUCCCAAGAACACCUCAGUAUCAGUCAGUCCCUCUGGUUCAGUGUUAGAGGGCAGCUCUGUGAGUCUGACCUGCAGCAGCAAUGCCAACCCAGCAGUGGGGAGCUACAACUGGUACAGAGUUAUUGGAGAACAGGUUUCAACAGUGGGGGCUAGCAGAAUGCUAACUGUCCAGGCACCAGCAGAUGACAGUUACUUCUACUGUGAAACCAUCAAUGACCAUGGAGCCGAGAACUCAUCUGUCGUUCAACUAGAUGGAAUAUACCCUCCCAAGAACACCUCAGUGUCAGUCAGUCCCUCUGGUUCAGUGGUAGAGGGCAGCUCUGUGACUCUGACCUGCAGCAGCAAUGCCAACCCAGCAGUGAAAAACUACACAUGGUACAGAGUCAAUGGGACUGAGGCUGUCACUUUAGGAUCUGGAGAGAGCUUCACCUUAGACAGUAAAGCAAGUGAUAGUGGGGAGUACUGCUGUGAAGCACUGCAUGCCCUUGGUGCGGAAAAAGCCACAGUUGUUCAGCUGGAUAUUCAAUAUCCCCCCAAGAACACCUCAGUGUCAGUCAGUCCCUCUAGCUCAGUAGCAGAGGGCAGCUCUGUGACUCUGACUUGCAGCAGCAAUGCCAACCCACCAGUGAAGAACUACACCUGGUACAGAGUUGAGGGAUGGGAGAAGGACAUUGUAGGGUCUGAAGAGAACCUCAACAUCUUCAAUGUAACCAGGCUUUCAAAUGAACAGUACUACUGUGAGGCUCAGAAUGUCCAUGGACUGCAGAACUCUGAGGCCAUCAAUAUCGAUGUGACAUUUGCUUCAGAGAUCCAGAACACCUCUCGCUGCAUCAGGAUUUCAGCUACAUCUCAGAUCAGAUGUUUCUGUGAUAUCUUUGGAAACCCUGCUCCCACAGUGGUGUGGCAAUUGGCUGGAGAGUCUGUCAAUCACUCCACUAACACCAUCAUCAGGGAGGAACCAAUGGGCUUAGCAGGCCUGAGGAGCUCCCUCACCAUCCGCCAAUCACAGGAAGAGGAAAUACCGAGUCUGAUCUGCCUCAGCUCCAACAUUGAUGGUUUUGACAGCUUCUCAUUUAACUUAACAUCAAUGGAAACAUAUGAAGGUUUCCACCUAAUCUCUCUGUUGAUCGGGGCUGGUGUGGGGGCAGGGGUGAUGAUGCUCCUAUGUACCCCACUGCUUCUCAUCUGCAAGAGAGCCAGGCAAUCACCAAACAAAAGACAGGAGGACACAGCAGAGUUCAUAGUGACUGAUGAGGCCCUCUUUCAGGAAGAGGACAAUGUCUAUGCCAAUAAAGCCAUGCUGGAUGAGGCCCUCGGGCCCAACAGGACAGUGGACAGGGAAAUUGACGACACAGACCUACUCCACUACGCCAACUUGAACUUCUCCAAACUCCAGGCCAAGGUGGCCAAGCAGGGGGAGGGGGAGGGAGAGAUCAGGGGAGUCGCCUCCAAAACGGCAGAGUAUGCAGUGAUCCGUCUGCACUCCACAGGUAGUAUCGAGGGAGGGGCUGGGAAGAAGGAGGCCAAUCCUGCUCUGGAGCAGGGGGAUCAGGCUGUAGACCAUGGAGCUAAAGUCUUAGAAGAAACUCAGGCAGGGCACGAGAGUGAUGGGGAAGAAGAAGUUGCAAAGGAUUCUGCGCUGCCAGAGCUACAGGGCAUGACUAAUUCUGCCCUCAGGGUCCAGGAGUCUACAGAGGCUCCACUGGGACAAUCUGAGCAGCACAACACAGCAGAAACCGCUGUGGAUGAGGUGACACUGCUUUCUGAGUAGAAAGAUUCAUCUAAUGGUGAAGAGGAGGUAAGGUAUGGGAACAUAUGUCAUGGUCAGGUCAUAUCUGAGGCAAAUUAGGGAAAAUCUCAGUUAGAUAGGAGGAAGAGGAGGAGAGUAUAAAGGCACAGUAAGCUGCUGUAUAGAGGGAGUAAAGCUUAUGUGCAGAUAAGCUAGUGCAAGGUUGUAAAAAAUCACCCAUAAUGCACUGCAGAGACAUCAUCGUCACCUUUCAAACUGUAGAAACACUAUGUCCACCUUUUUUUUAACACCAGUUAGUCUACAGUGUCUGUUCAUUAGUUAGAUUUUGAUCUCUAUAUAUACAAGUAUGUGGACACCCCUUCAAAUUAGUGGAUUUGGCUUCAAAUUAAAUCCAAUUAGGGAAUACAUUAGAUUUGGUCCUGCUGAUCUACACAACCAACUCCACAUUUUCAAAGUGAAAGAACAAUUAUACAAUUUUUUAAAUUUACAAUUUAAUAGAACAUAAAAAACAAAGAUGUCUUGAUUGCGUAUGUCUUCACACCCCAGAGGUAAUACUUGGUGGAAGCACCUUUGGCCGCUAUUAUAGCUGUGAAUCAUUUUGAAUAAGGAUCUACUAACUUUGCACAACUCUUAGGGUAACACAUACCCAUUGUUUUUGUCAAAAUAGCUCAAGUUCAGUAAAUAUGGUUUGGGAGUCAUUGAUGGACUGCAAUGUUCAAACCUUGUCACUGAUUGUAAAAGCAGAUAUGUCAGUACAAUCCACAAUACUUGAAAAUGCAGAGGGUUUCACUCUGUGUUGUGUAGUUCUGGAUUUGGCCUGUGGUUUUUCAUUUAGGAUAAAAAGUGCAUUUAUUUUCCGUGUUUUCUUGCAGUAUUACUUAACAGCCUUGUAGCAAACAGAAUGGAGGAUUUGGAGUGUUUUAAAAAAAAACACAGGCUUCCUCCUUUUUACUUUUCUAUACAGGCCAGUAAUGUGGAGUGAAUGCAAUGUUGUUGAUCCUCCUGUUUGUGGCAGCAACAUUGUGUUAUUGGUAUGCUUGACCCCGGCAGGGAUUGGGGAGUUUGUCAGGAUCAUAAUAAAUAUGAAAGUAGCAAAGCCCAGAUAAAACGUUAUAGAAACCCUCCCAGUCUUCUGAAUACCAAACACUGGGAUAGAGUUGUAUUUUUCAGCGAGUCAAUUAGACACAUUUUAAUCUCAAAGACAAACAAGAAUGGCUUUCCAAUAGCUGUUGAGUGUUUCUGAAUGGUCCAGUCUCAGUCCUGACUUAAAUCUGCUGGAUUCAAUCCAGAUUCAAUCUGUAUCGCCGAAGUCAAAUCAAAUGAAAAUCAAAUCAAGAAGCUGAUUUUCAGUCUCUCAGUCGCAGCUUUGAUGCACCUGUACUGUCUCCGGAAGAUCCAUGUUAAAGCUUGAUUGAAAUUUAAAGGCAAUGUUCCUGCGUUCGCGGAGACUGCAUUCACGUUAAACGCGGCAAAUGUCGGCUUUAUCUGAAAUGACAUUUUUAAGUAGAUCUUCUGUGAUACUUCAGUGAUACGGAUUGAAUCCAGCCCAAGGUUUGAAUAUUGCUGUCCAUCAAUGACUCCCAACCAAAUUUACUGGGCUUGAGAAGUUUUGACAAAAACAAUGUGUAUAUGUUGCCCUAUGAGGUGUGCAAAGUUGUUAGAAUCUAAUUCAAAAUUAUUCACAGCCCUAAUGACUGCCAAAGGUGCUUCCACCAAGAAUUUACUCUGGGUUGUGAAAACAUAUGUAAUUAAGACAGCUCCUUUAAAUGUUUUUAUUUAUUAAUUUGGAAAAUGUUUUAUAAUUUUUCUUUCACUUUUAAAAUGUUGUGUAAGUUGUGUACAUCCGUAGGAAAACAAUCAAAUUUAUUUUUUUUAAGGCAGCAAAAUGUAAAGACUGUGCAGGGGGUGUGUAGACUUUCACUAGGCUCUGUGUAAGUUAUUUUUAUUCUGACUUUUUAACUGUGUUUUUAUAGAUUAGUGUCAUUCCUUACAUACAUUUUCAAUUAAUUCAAUUUAAUCUCGCAACAGUUUUUAAGAGUGUGAUAUUUUUGUUUGUUUUCCCCUGAGUUGUUCCGCUUCUAUGAAUAUGUAACUUAGUGUUACAGAAAAUGUGUAUUUAUGAACUUACAAAUUGUGUGUGAUGGUUAAGAAUCACUUCAACAUGUUGUAUUUUUGUUAUUAAUGUUUUUUUGUGUUUAAAAAAAAUGUAUUUGCAAUGAAUACAGGUGAAUAUAGGUUACAAGCAGUCAGUAAUUUCAGCAUGACGCAGUAAUUAUGUAAAGUAAGAAGACAGUAAUGAUGUACAUUACAAUGUUGAACAAAUAUUAAAACAUGGUGUCAGUUGCAUAGCAUCUACACAAUAGCACAUCCUGAAAUAUGGGCAAUUCCUAAACAGUGAAGCAUUUCUAUUUUGACAGCCAAGUAAGCACAUAUUGCAUUGAUGUAACACACGAUGUUCAAACCCACUUUGAAUGACGUCAAUAAAUUCUGUUUCCUGCCA